AUGGGAUAUACCCGAUAUACCCCAGGCCCCGGAGCUGCAACAGGUCGCGUGGCCGCGGGACACGCGGCUGCGGCAGCUGCCGGUGCGGCCGAGACGGACUGGAAAAGGAUCGCGGACGUCGUGAAACCGUUGGCCGUUCUGGGCAGCGACUUUCAAGAGGUCCUCUUGUUGGACGCUGACAACCUCCCUGCAGUGGAUCCCAGCUUUCUCUUCGACGAGCCGCAGUACCGCGCCACGGGCGCGCUCUUUUGGCCCGACCUGUCGCCCUUCGAGGAGAAGAUGCCAGAGCAGUGGCUAGCAUUGAGUGCAGGUCACUGGCUCUCUCGCCCCUGCAACCUCAGGUGGGAACAAGAAAGUGGACAGCUGCUCGUGGACAAGGACAGAUGUGCGGCGCCAAUCCGUCGCGCAGCCAGCAUGGCCCUGCACUUGAGGGAGUUGUCGGCCUAUUUGCCGGGCGAUGGCGGUGACAAGGACCUCUUCCAGAUCGCGUGGAGACUGGAAGGCCAUGACUUCGGCAUGUGUCCGCUACCUGCAGCCGCUGGGCGUUUGCAGCCCGAACGCUCCGGCACGGUGCAUGGGCCUUUUGUAGGCGAGACCAUGGUGCAUCAUUCCUCCAAGGGUUUGCCUUGCUUUUUGCACCGGACCAUCGACAAGCACGAGGACAUGUGGGAGUUGCACUGGGAGGUCAUUGCUCGACCCCUGAAGGAGACGCAGUGCUUGUGCUUGCAGAGGAUUUGUCCCGAUGCCAAGGUCAAGGCGCGAAUGGUGCCGACACGCGCUGCGGACGUGGAGGUGCUGCCGUUCGACCACGUCGUCGUCGGAGACCUCCGCACGCGCUUCGCACGGAUCGUUGCGGAGCUGAGAACAGCAGGAGAUCCAAAAGGUGGUUUCGUGGACAACAACCCUCGCAGAUCUCAACAGCUCAACUGCUCCAAGGUCGUGCAGAAAGCGUCGCUGCUGUCGAUCCUGGUGCUGCAGAAUUGCGCCUGUGCGAUUCUAGUGAAGCAGAGCCGAAAACACUCGGCCGAUUGGGUACCGCAGACGGGUGUGAUCGUCCAGGAAGCCUUCAAGGGCCUUGCGAGCUUGGUCUUGGCCUUUCUUCUGGGCGAGUCCAUGCAAGGUGCCUUGAACCCGGUGGAGUUGCUGCAGAGCUCGGUGCCGGGGUCUCCCAAGUCGCGUGGCGCAGCGAUUGCCUUGACUCGGCGUCAGAGUUCGGUGAUGUCAUGUGAUUUUCCAUGUGUUAGAGAAGUGAAGACUCAGAGGGCGAAGAAGAGGUGUCGCAAUUGGAACCAGUUUGAACACGACGUUGGUUCGAUUUCGAAUCGUGAAGCUGAGGUAGGCAGGACUCUCCGCUCCGGCCUGAACAGCACGACUCGGAUGGGGUUUCGGACCCGGGGCCGGCGGACCCGACGUCCUUUGCCAUGCGGACCCGCCAAGGCCAGCGUUGCUGUACUUGGUACAGAACAAUCUCCAGUAUGUGGCUUUAGCUUAUUUGGAGCCCGCCACCUACACGGCCACCUAUCAGCUGAAGAUUUUGAGCACAGCCGUUUGCUUUGUGCUCAUCUUGGGUCGCCAGAUCACCGUGCAGCGGUGGCUGUCCUUGGGGCUGCUGGUCUUGGGCGUGGUUUUGGUGCAGCUUGCCACCUUUCAGGAGGAUGGCUCGAGCUCCCACCGCUUGGCCACUGGUUGGGGCGCACAGAUCACAGGCUUGGUGGCCACGGUGAUUUCCGCCGCCAUCUCGGGAUUGGCAGGCGUGUACACGGAGAAGAUCCUGAAAAACUCCAAGGUCACCCUGUGGGUUCGAAACGUGCAACUCGCAGCCUGGUCGGCCCUGAUCGGUGUGCUGGGCCUGGCUGGAACGGGAGAUCUCUCAGGUGUGUGGAGCAAUGGCUUUUUCCACGGCUACAAUGCCUGGAUUUGGGCUUCUGCUUGCAACAACGCCUUUGGAGGUCUCCUGAUUGCCGCGGUGAUCAAAUACGCGGACAACAUCUUGAAGAACUUCGCCACCUCGGUGUCCAUCGUCUUGACCACUGCGCUGUCCAUGCAGUACUUCGGGCUACAGCUCACGAUGACCUUCAUGGCUGGUGUGGUGUUAGUGUGCUAUUCCAUCUUCCUCUAUGGCAUGCCUGCACGGGCAAAGACCUGUUAAGUCUCUGGGUUUUCCUGGGGCAGGAAGCCCACCCCAGAUCUCAGACGCGUUCACAUCGCUGGUCUGACCAGCCAUGA